AUGUCUACUACAGUGAACAAGUCUGAGAGCGAAUGGAGGGCAAUCCUGUCCCCAGAACAGUUCAGAAUCUUGAGGCAGAAGGGUACUGAGCCAGCUGGAACGGGCGAAUAUGAUAAACAUUCCGCAGCUGGAGUCUAUUCGUGCGCGGGGUGUGGGACACCGUUGUACAAGAGCACCACAAAGUUCAAUAGCGGUUGCGGUUGGCCUGCCUUCUUCGAUGCAAUCCCAGGUGCCGUGAGCAGACAUGAAGACAACUCCUGGGGUAUGAAGCGUAUUGAAAUCACCUGCACCGCUUGUGGUGGCCAUCUGGGACACGUUUUCCAAGGCGAAGGAUUCCCUACUCCAACUGAUGAACGCCACUGUGUCAAUUCAGUCUCACUCAAGUUUCAUGAUGAGAAGUAG